AUGGAGUUGAACGAGGAUCAACUCGCGCGGAUGAGGGUUCCCGAGCUCAAGAUGGAGCUCAGACAGAGGCACCUGCGAACCAUUGGUCGUAAGCGUGAGCUAUUAGAACGUCUGCGAGCUGCACUUUUGGUCGAACGAGAACGAGUUCAAGACGAAGAAGAAGACGAAGCAGAUAGCAACGACGACGACGACGAUGAAGAAGAUGACGAAAUUGAAGAUAAAGACGAGAUUGUUCCCCCGCGGAACGAUCACCAGAACCAACCCCAGGUUCCGGAACACGAUGAUAAAGCUGGCUCUCGAGGAACACCGGUCAUUCACCGACCCCGAGGAAGUCAGCAGCGCGUGCUGUUAACGUUCAAGGACGUUGAAGAUACGCUGAAGAAGUUCAGUGGUGAUGAUCACACUGAUGUACGACGAUGGCUCCAAAAGUUCGAAGAGAUGGCGGAACUAUGCGAGUGGAAUGAUGUUCAAAAAGUAGCUUAUUCCAAGCGACUAUUAGAAGGUUCUGCGGAAUUAUUCGUGGAGUACGAAAAUUGUAGCAGAACAUGGAUGAAAUUAAAGAAGGUGCUGAUGGAAGAGUUUGAGAAAACCGUAGACAGUUUACAAGUGCACCGGGAACUCGUGAAACGGAAGAAAAAAUCUGACGAAACGCUACCGACCUAUGCGUAUAAGAUGCUGCAAAUCGCAUCCCAAGUCAAUCUCGAAGUGAGUGUAGUUAUCAAGUAUAUAAUCGAAGGUAUUCCCGAUGAAGCUGUAAACAAGUCAAUCUUGUACGGAGCUCAAACAAUUAAGGAACUGAAAGAACGAUUCAGUCAGUACGAAAGCAUGAAACAGGAAGCUGCAAAAACGAAGACCAGAGCAUCGGAGCGAAGUGAAAAAUCUGGAAAAGCUGACGACAGGAACAAGAAGAAAAAUAGUGAAGUGAAAUCAACCGCGGUAUCAGAGAAACGUUGCUAUAAUUGCGGAAGUGAUAAGCAUGUAAGUUCCGCAUGCCCCGAUUCGCAAAAGGGCAGAAAGUGUUUUAGGUGCAAUGGUUUCGGGCAUAUCGCGGCGGAGUGUCCAGAAAAUAAUAAGCCGAAAGAUGUGUAUGUUGUAUCGCGGCCAAAGAAGGAAAAGUAUCAAAAAAUUGUUUCAAUUAAUGAUUAUAAGACUCUAGCAUUAGUUGACACAGGUUGUGAUCUAACUUUAAUUUGUAAGAGUGAGUACGAGAGGUUGGGGGCACCGACCCUCAGAGAAACGUAGGUAUG